AAAAUUACCACCGGCUGGCUUAAAUGAUAAAGUGUGCGCUCUCGAUGUUAAUUUAAAUGCUGAAUGAAUCGUUUGCGACAAACAAACGUAGUGUUACAACAUGAGCGUCAUUACCAUGGAGGAUAAGGAAAAAUUGGACCAGCAAGCGAUAAAUAAUUUUCAGGAGUACUUGAGGAUACCUUCUGUGCAUCCCAAUGUUGACUACGGACCUUGCGUUAGUUUUUUGAAAACACAAGCGAAGUAUUUGGGUUUACCGAUUAAGAUUGUCCAAAUCACACCCACCAAUCCGGUAGUGAUCAUCUCUUGGGUUGGAACUAAUCCAAACUUGCCCACGAUUGCAUUGAGCAGUCACAUGGAUGUUGUUCCAGUAUAUGAAGAGCAAUGGACCAAAAAGCCGUUUGCAGCUGAAAUAAUAAACGACAAGAUAUAUGCCAGAGGUUCGCAAGACAUGAAAUGUGUCGGAAUUCAAUAUUUGGAAGCUAUAAGAAGACUCAAGCUUCAAAAUAAAAAACCUUUGCGAAGCGUACAUUUAAUUUUCACACCAGAUGAAGAAAUUGGUGGGGUAGAUGGCAUGAAAAAAUUGGUAAAAACUCGAGAGUUUGACGAAUUGAAUGUUGGAUUUGCUCUUGACGAAGGUAUGGCCAGUGAAAACGAAGAAUUUUCAGUGUUUUAUGGUGAAAGAUGCAUUUGGUACAUGGACAUACAUUGCCCGGGUACACCUGGACAUGGUUCACUUCUACAUGACGACACUGCCGGAGAAAAGGUUUCUUAUAUUUUAGAUAAAUUCUUUGAAUUCAGACGUCAGGAAAAACUAAAAUUGGCAAAUAAUCCACAUUUUACCAUAGGAGAUGUAACAACCAUCAACCUAACUAAGCUCUGGGGUGGAGUUCAGUCUAAUGUGGUUCCACCAGAAUUAUCCUUCACAAUUGACUGUAGAAUACCAGUAACUUUGGAUGUGGAGCAAUGGGAAAAAACAAUUAAUCAGUGGUGUAAAGAGGCAGGUCCAGAUGUUUACAUAGAUUUCAUUCAAAAACAACCUCAAAUUGCACCAACCAAAAUAGACAGUUCCAAUCCUUACUGGAUUACUUUCAAGAAUACUAUAAACAAAUUAGGGUUGAAGAUUAAAACUCAAAUAUUCCCUGGCGGAACAAAUAGUAGAUACUUGAGAGGAAUCGGCGUGCCAGUUCUUGGUUUUUCUCCGAUCAAUAAAACUCCAAUUUUGUUGCAUGAUAAUGACGAAUUUCUUGGCGUACAAACGUUCUUGAAAGGAAUUGAAAUUUAUGCACAAUUAAUCAAUUCCCUAGCAUGCAUACCACAAAUCUAAGGACUGUUGUGUUAUUAUCUUAGAAAUAUAUUAUAUUAAAAAUACGUAUAUUCAAAAAUUAAUAAAACCAUUUUGUAUAUGAAAAAUCA